GGCGUCUCGGUUUCCUGUUUGCCCCGCUCCGCUUCCGGGUCGGUGCGGGAGCGCUCGGCGGUCGCGGCGGCUCUGCCUUAGCCGGGGGAGCGGGGCCGCCGCUGCCCGGGCGAAGGGCAGGAAAGAGGGGCGCGGGAGCGGCGGCCGCCGCCGCCGCCGGAACGGCAUAGCGCGGCGGGGCGGGAGAAGGGCCGCGGGAAGGCGGCGGCGGCGGCAUCCGCCGAGGCCUGGAUCGGUCCGCCGCCGCCGCCGCUCGGCCGAUGCACCCGGAGCGCCCGCCAUGGACAAGAUCCUGGAGGGGCUGGUGAGCUCGUCGCACCCGCUGCCGCUGAAGCGGGUGAUUGUGCGGCGGGUGGUGGAGUCGGCGGAGACGCCGCUGAGCCAGGCGCAGUGCCGCGCCAUGUUCGCGCUCAGCACCCGGCUGGUGCUGCAGGGCCCCGACCCUUUCCAGCGGCAGGUGGGGCGGCAGGUGCUGGAGGCCUACGGCCGCUACCACCGCGCCGAGUUCGAGGCCUUCUUCAACCGCGGGCUCGUCCUCGGCCUCCUGCAGCGCGGCUACGGCGAGCUGAGCAACCGGGACCCCGCCAUCCUCGACUACAUCCAGGCGGGGCUGCGCCUCAUCAUGAGCUGCCCCUCGGUGCUGGAGCUCUUCGAGCUGCUGCAGGUGGAAGCGCUGCGGCUGGUGUGCGAACGACCGGCGCCGCCGCUCUGCGCCCGCCUUUGCCAGCUGCUGAGUGACUUCCCGCAGUGCCUGCCCCGCGGUAGGAAGCUCUCCCUCGCCUUCUGCCAGCAGCUGGUGCGCAGCAUCGCCCACUUCCAGAGCCAGGGCAGCCGAGAGGCCGAGCUGCGCCUCUACGUCUCGCAGGUGACACAGGUCAGCGGGCUGCUGCGGAGCGUCUGGAAGGCCGAGCCCGACACGCUGCUGCCCUCCCUGCAGGAGCUCUUCGCUGUCAUCUCCGCCGCCGAUACUUCAUUCGAACCUUCUGUUGCACUGGCAAGUCUUGUGCAGCACAUACCAUUGCAGAUGAUUACAGUUCUCAUCAGGAGCCUUACUACAGAUCCAAAUGUGAAAGAUGCAAGUAUGACUCAAGCUCUGUGCAGAAUGAUUGACUGGUUGUCUUGGCCUCUGGCUCAGCAUGUGGAAACAUGGGUGAUUGCACUGCUGAAAGGACUGGCUGCAGUCCAGAAAUUUACCAUCCUCAUUGAUGUUACUCUGCUUAAGAUUGAAUUGGUCUUUAAUCGACUUUGGUUUCCUCUAGUGAGGCCUGGUGCCCUUGCUGUCCUUUCCCACAUGUUGCUUAGUUUUCAGCAUUCUCCAGAAGCUUUUCAUUUGAUUGUCCCACAUGUGGUCAGUUUGGUUCACUCAUUCAAGAGAGAUGGCUUACCUUCCAGUACAGCCUUUUUGAUACAAUUGACUGAGUUGAUACAUUGUAUGAUUUAUCAUUAUUCAGGAUUUCCAGAGCUCUAUGAACCCAUUUUGGAAGCUGUUAAGGACAUGCCCAGGCCCACUGAAGAAAAGAUUAAGAUGGCUCUCAAUCAGAGCGCAUGGACUUCUCAGUCCAGCUCUUCACCAUCUUGUUCAUCUAGACCUUCUGGAAAAUCUGAAACUGGGAAGACAGGUCUAAUUAACCUAGGAAAUACUUGCUACAUGAACAGUGUUCUUCAGGCACUUUUUAUGGCUACAGAUUUCAGAAGACAUGUUUUAUCUCUGCAACUAAAUGGAUGUAACUUACUAGUGGCAAAAUUACAGCAUCUUUUUGCAUUUUUGGCCCAUACCCAGAGAGAGGCAUAUGCUCCUAGAAUUUUCUUUGAGGCUUCCAGACCACCAUGGUUCAGCCCUCGAUCCCAGCAGGAUUGCUCAGAAUAUCUCAAAUUCCUGCUAGACAGGCUGCAUGAAGAAGAGAAAACCUCGAAAACUUUGUCUUCAGCAAAGACUUCUGAAAGUAAAACCAAUGCAAAGUUCCAGAAAGAAGAAGCUGUUGAUAACGCAACAGUAUUUGCUGAAGCAUCUGGUAAAGGAGGUGAAGAAAGAACUCUGAUCGAGAAGAUGUUUGGAGGAAAAUUGAAGACUACUAUACACUGUCUGAACUGCAAAAGUGUGUCUCAAAAGGAAGAAGCUUUCACAGAUCUCUCUCUGGCUUUCUGUCCUCCAACUUCCUUGGAGAAUGUUGGCCCAAAAUGUAUGGAAUGUACUGAAGGGGAAGGCGACAUCGUGGUGCAAACUAAUACUUCACCGAUGAGUCCUGCUGGGAAAAAACCUCUCAAGUUGGAAGCAAAUGGUGGAUGUGACCCAAUAACGAAGAAAGGAACCACAAAGGAUUUUUCUGCUGAGCCAAAGUCUGAGAAGACUACAAAUUCUGAAUGCAACAAAGGUCAAGAUAAGAAGAAAAUGUCUCAGAGGGUAGUGGGUGAAAACCCUCUGUCAGUUACAGAUUUACUGAAUUAUUUUCUGGCGCCUGAGAUACUCAGUGGUGACAACAAGUAUUACUGUGAAAAGUGUGCCUCUCUACAGAAUGCUGAGAAAACUAUGCAAAUUAUUGAGGAACCUGAAUACCUCAUUCUCACUCUUUUGAGAUUUUCGUAUGAUCCAAAGUGUCACGUAAGGCGCAAAAUCUUAGAUAAUGUGUCUCUGCCACUUGAUUUGAAACUACCAGUCAAAAGAGUAGCAUCCUCUCCAGGUGUAGUUUCAAGAGGUUGGUCUGUUGGUGUUGAGGUUUCUGAUAUUGGAGAAAAUAUUGCUAAAAAACUAAAACCCUCAGGUGCUGAUGAAGUGACUCGCCCACGAUUGGAGCCCUAUUUGUUAAGCUCUGUGGUGAUGCAUUCUGGUGUAUCCUCUGAAAGUGGACAUUACUAUUCAUAUGCUAGAAAUGUUACUGGGUCAGGGCCUUCAGGACCCUGCCAGCAGUCUACAGGUGAUUCUUUAGUUUCUCCUCAGGCUAAGUUGUUGACAGGGGAGAGUCCUUCUACUGUUGUAGAAAGUGAUACUGAUAAGUCAAGAGAAUGGUUUCUGUUCAAUGACAGCAGAGUGACGUUUACCUCAUUUCAGUCAGUCCAGAAAAUUACCAGUAGAUUUCCAAAGGACACUGCUUAUGUUCUGUUUUACAAAAAGCAAAAUAGCACCUGUGGCUUCAAUUCGGCAAAUGGAGACCCUCCCCUACAGAAAGACCUCAUGGAUGCAAUUAUGAAAGAUAACAAACUAUACUUGCAGGAGCAAGAGCUUAGUGCUCGAACACAAGCACUUCAAGCUGCCUCAGCCUCGUGCUCUUUCCGACCCAAUGGAUUUGAUGACAACGAUCCCCCGGGAAGUUGUGGACCGACAGGUGGAGGAGGAGGGGGUGGGUUCAGUACUGUUGGUAGAUUAGUCUUUUGACUAUGAAGAUAACCUGGAAUACACUGGUUCCAAAGCAGCCCAGUACUGCUGAGGACAACUAAAAUAUUGAACUUUGUCCGAUGUUGUACCAAGUUUUGAGACUUGAUCCUUGUUCAAAAGCAAAUGUUGGGGUUUUUUUGCUUAUGUUUUAUUUGAAAUAAAUAAGCGCAUAAUGGAAAAAAACUACCUCUUAAAAAUUCAGUUGCUUUGAUAGUAAGAUAUGCUUGCCCAAAAGACAGAAAAUGAAGAUUUUUUAAGUAGUUGCUAGCAACACUGCAUUAAACCGAAUGAACGCACUUACAUCAGUUUCUAUUGUCCUCAUCCAUUGAAUGAAGAAAGUUCAUUUUUUACUCUGAUGGAAUUACUUUACGUGGAAAUCCUUUCAGAUGGGCUAAACUGCAUACAUAGUCUCUCACCUCCACCCUAGUUUCAAAUCCAGUACCUUAUGGAUUUCCAGAGAUGAUGCAAUUUAUAAUGAAGGCAAUAACUUAAAUGUGACAUGAUACAGUACUUUCCAGAUUAAAAAUUAUUCAAUAUAUUUCCAGUAUAAGUGUAAAGAAGAAAAAAUAAUUUAUAAAUAUUUGCUAAGUUGUUUUCCAAAAAAAGUGCAUGUUCUGUAAGAACAAUGUUUUUAAAUAGAAAUUGUUAACUUUGUAGCAUUUCUAAUUGUUUUGAGGAUUUUAAAAUUAUUUCAGGGAAUAUAUCUGCUGUAUAUUGGAAAGGAAGAGAUUCUGUAUGUGCCUUGCAGUACUGUGACUUAAAACAAACUUUCUGAGGCUGCAGAAAAGGGGAAAAAUGUGUUAGCAGUCAAUUUUUUUUUUUUUGUCAGUAUUAGAAAUCAAUACAUCUAUAGAAAGCUAUUAGGUUUCUGGAAGUAAAAAUCUGGUAGUUUGAAAUGCAGUGUGUUGCCCAUUAUUUUUUGAUUAAAAAUUACAUACCUAAUGAUCUAUGACUUUUGUGGCCUGCAUUGCUAAGAAAAAGCUGGUCAUAAAUACUGAGCUACGUUUGUGAAAUCACCGAGGGGCUACCUGUAUUGAUCCUUGCUGAGCAUCUCUGCUUCUAAGAGUCCUUUGACGUUUUGCCUUCUGAUUUUCCUUGUAGUGAGAAAUUUCUGGUGAGUUCAGGCUUUAGCUGUCUGCAGAAGACCAAAAUGAUGCUGUUUGUGGAGCAGUGUUUGCUCGCUUGUUGGGCCGGCAGAGGUUGAGGCUUCGCUCCUUUUGUCUUGGCAAAAAUAGUGACUUUGGUUUUGAUGUGCAAUGAUGAUAACAGAAGUAAAGGAGUUACGCUGUUGAAUCUGGUGAUUAUUUCUUAACUUGAAUAAUCUUAUAGUGAAGUGUAAAUUUAUUUAAAGUAUUUUUACAAAAUUCUGCACUGUUUUACUGUGGUUUUAUAUUCUAGGUGACAAAGUGCAUCUUUAAAAAGCAUGCAAACCUGGCAGGUGUUAGCUUAACUGUACAAAAUAAAUUUCUUAGAAAAUACCUUUUAAAAGCAUAAAAUAAGUUGAAAAAAUUAAACCUUGUUCAUAUGAUAUCAAAUAUAUGGAGUUUAGUCUGAAAGGUAACUUAGCUUGCAAGUUAUUUUUAUAUUCUUGCUAAAACUAUGCUAUUUGCUGUGCUAUAGGUUCAUAUGUUUCUGCUCAAGAAAGCUAGAGCAGGUCAUUAUUUUUUUUUUUUUAAUAAUUUCUGAGCUUUGUUUUGACCAUUUGUAGUACCUCAGCUUUGACCUACGCUUUCAUUACUAUCUCAGUUGUGGGUCUCCGAACCAGGGGGUCAGCUGUGGAAAUGUGGAAUGUUAUGAGACUAGCGUGAGGAACGUUCUCAUUUCUUUGGGCUUGGAUGAGGUUUUCUUGAAAGCUCACUUCACCUUGAAAUUCUGUAACUUUCAGUCUAAGAGGGUUUUUUCUCAUUUCCUUUUAGGCUUUUCUGACAGUUAACUCUGGUUUUAAAAUGUUUUAUAUGACAGAUUAAUUUGGCUUUUCUCUCUCAAAGUACGAGGACACACUAAAAAGCUGUCUACUGUUUGCGUUACAAGGGGAAUAUUUUGUCUCCAUGUAUCAAUUUACUGUUUAUUUUAAAACACUAGUAAGUAGAAGCCGGGGAAAGUGUUUUUACUCUAUAUGAAAUCAUAAUUUUGUAAAGGUCAGUUUUGUUUUUAUGUUCUCACAGUAAAAAUACAAAUUAUGUAGCCUACCUAAAAAUAAGGUGCACUAAGUGUUUUGUAUACCUAUUGUACUAUAUUUAUUUCAUGAGCUCUUAGAAGGCUUUCUACACCCUUGUUUACCUGUUCUAAAUUAGGUGUUAAAUAUGGAAAUUUUAUAUGAGAGUAAUCCCAGCAGGGUUGGACCUCCUUAGGUAUAAAAUGAUGGUAUGUCUCAAACUGAAAAUAACAACUUCUUUCUUUCCCUUUGUUGACUUUUGUUGACGCAGUUACUUUGGGUUUUACAAAUAGAUUGUAAAAUUCAGAAUACCUAUUUGCGAGUCUACUUGCUGACUGACAGCUGUCGUAGGCCGAUUCAUACCUAACUUGGAAGAUUUCAAUAAAACCAGUGAAACUGGAGAAGUAUUUCACACU